CAUGGACGGGCCAGGCAGCGGCAGCAAUGCGCUGAGUCUGUCUUGGUCGUUCGGCUUUAACAAAGACAUUGUCGGUGGGGUCCACAGUCUAUCGGACGACACGGUCCACGCCGUCUUCUACACGGCCGGCCACACGGGUGUAAUCUACAACUACGCCAACCGAACGCAGAAACUUCUACAAGGCCACUGCAACCCAAUAUCGUGCUGUACCGUCAGCGAAGACAAGCGAUGGAUUGUGACGGCUGACAAAGGGCAAGACUCGAUGCUUGUCGUGUGGGACGCCACGACCGGCAAUCCGAUUAAAACCAUCUUUAAUCCCCAUGUCGACGGAGUCCAGUGCCUCGACCUGUCGCCUGACGCCAUGUUCAUCGUGACAUUGUCAAUUGCCACCGACAAAAGCAACAGGAAAGAGCACGCCCAAGAGAUCAAGCUGUGGGAGUGGACCGUAGCACGCGACGAUGCGCUCUACGUCGCAGCGGUGACGACGGAGGACGUCCAGACGUGCGUACGAUUCAACACGUACGAUAUCCGUGAGAUUAUGACAAACGGUGCCCAGCGCGUGAUCUUUUGGAACUGGGCAGCGCAUCAACUCCAGUUCUAUUCGCCACCUCUGUCUCAAAAGGACUUUAAGCAAACCAUCGGCGCCUUCACGCAGUCGCUGUUUGUGCCCGACUCGUCGCAAGCCAUCACGGCGACCGUCGAUGGCGACUUGAUUCUUUGGGACGCGGCGCCCGUGAAAACGAACGCAUCCACACUCGUCCACGCCGACAAGAAAGCAACCAAGAUCGUGCGAAUGACCGGCCACGACAAACCGAUGGCGAUCAAUUUUUUAGCUGACAUGGAUGGGUACUUGGUCAUGGGAUGUGCCGACGGCGCCGUUCGAUUCUACGACUUUGACUUUCGCCUUGUGGCAUGGUACGAAGACAUGUGCGCUGGACCCGUCAUGGCCGUCUCGUUCGCCAACGUCGACGCCACGCCCGCGUCGGCGGAUGCCUUCACGGUUCCAGAGUUUAUCGUUUCUACGUCCAACGCUUUCAUCCUGGGCAUUACCCCCAGCAUCCACGAUGAAUACGAUGUUGAGAAGCGCCGUGGCACGCUCCUCAUGCAAGGCAUCAAUGACGAGAUCCACGGCCUUGCGGCGCACCCUGCAACCAGCCACAUCGCGGUGAGCUGCUACUCUGGCACGAUUCAACUGUGGGAUUACGUCGGGAAGCGCCUCGUCAUGCUGCGCAGCUUCGACUCCGACAAGUUGCGCCCUCAGUGCUUGACGUAUCAUCCGUCGGGCAAACAUCUCUUGGUCGGGUUCACGAACGGCACAAUCAAGAUCGUGCAUGCGUCGACUCUGGAGGACGUCGCAACGUUCCGUCAAGCCAGAAACCCGAUUGUCGACGUCAAGAUAGCGGCGGACGGGUCAUUUGUCGCCGCCAUCGACGCCAGCAACUACUUGUACUUGUGGCGUAGCAAGGCGAUGGCUGCGACAGACGCGGACGAUCUCGACGCGUCGGACAUGUGGUCGUACAUUGGUCGGUGCAAAAGCCACACGAAACCGAUCACGGGGCUCGAGUUUGGGAUGUCGCCGGACCAGCAAGCGCUGCUCGUGACGGUCGGGGAGGACCGCAUGCUGGUUGACUACAGUCUCCCGCGGUCGAGCGUCAUGGACGGCAUUAUUUUGAACGUACCACCGCAAAAGAUUGAGCAGUCGGCGACCCCCACCACGUGCUUUUGGCAUCCUGACAUGGCAGGCGUGCACGAAGACCUUGUCGUUGUCGCCAAUGACGAGUACAAGUUCAAGCAAUGGAACGCCAACAACAAGACGUGUCGAAAAACCACACUCAGUCCAACGUAUGGCGGGCCAUUGAAUCGAGUACUGGCGAUUCCGGCGGACAAAAGCGCCCAUGACAAAUCGAGUGGCCGAUAUUGCGCGUACAGCACCCAUGACAAGGUUGUGGGGUUACUCAAGCUGCCGCUGGAUGGGAAUCCCCACAAAUCGAUGGGGCUGAUCGCGCACCCCGGACGUAUCUCGAACGUGGCCGUGACUUUCGACGGCAAGUUCUUCGUCACCGCCGGGGGCAAUGACAUGAUUGUCAACUUGUGGGAAAUAAAUCCCCGCGCCCUGGACGCGCUGGAGGCGCAGGGUGGGCACGACAUGGAACCGUACACGUCGCUGCUCGAGGGCGGCGCCCACGGCAAGUUUUUCAGCGAGAUCGUCGACUACUUUUAUUUUGCUCAAUUGCGCACACAAGGCGAGAGCGCGACGGCGGCGCGCGACAUCUCGCACCGCAUUCCCCUGCUUGAGAUUCCCCACGUCAUGCGCGCGUUGGGGUUUUACCCGACGGAGCUUGAGAUUCAAAACAUGUGCAGCGAAGUCAAGUACAGUUGCUUCACAGAGACGACCAAGACGGUCGACGCCGUCGACUUGGCCGCGUUUGUCAAGCUUUACACAAACCAUCGCCCAGUGUGCGGAAUUGGGAAAAAGCAGAUCGAGGACGCGUUCCACAUCUUGAGUGGGCUCCGGGGUCCGUCGUUGAAGUGGGCUGACUUGAAGGCCAAGCUCUUGACGAUGGGUGAGCCCAUGUCAGAGGAGGAGCUCUCGUCUUGUUUGCGGGCUCUGCUUGGAGACGAAGCAGAUAUGCUCGAGACGACAAUGUCGCUGACGUCGGCCGCAUUUGCCGACAAAGUGCUCGGGUUUGAAGACUAUGAAAAGGACGUCGAAGUCGCGUCCGUGUUGUAGUCGUGUGGUCAUUUUCGCCCAUAACCUGUCGUCCAUGCGCGU